GUGGCCAUACACAUUGGACUACGCGUCUACACAAGACUGCGUCAUUCCUCCUUGCCCGACUGCGUCAGUUCCCGGAGUUUGGGUGCUCCCGAUGAUAAGUUGGACCGAUCUCAAUGGAUUCCCUUGUUCCAUGGUCGAUGCUUGUGUAUUUGUGCCUCCUCAUCAUGAUGAAGAUGCGUGGUUUAAGUUCAUCCUCACUAACUUCGAGAGGCAUUACCUCGGUAACCGAGCUCCUUUCGGCUUCUAUGUCCACGAAUGGUACAUCUCUGCCUACCCCGGCGUCAAGAGAGCGUUGAUCCGAUUCUUAGAUCUAAUCAACAGCCUAAACGAUACGUUCAUGGUUAGCGCUGGUGAAGUUAUCGACUGGGUUGAGAAUCCAGUGCCGGUAAACGAAUACGUGAAGAAGGAAUGCAAGAGUUUCACGCCUACGAAUUGUCGCGCCGCCAGCUGCGGACCUCUCACCUCAACACAUACUGAGAUGAGUUACUGGAUGCAGAUUUGCAACACAUGCCCGAGAGUCUACCCCUGGCUAGGAAAUCCUCUUGGAGAAUAAUUUAUUA